AUGAAUCAGGCAGAUGAAAACCAACAAGAAAUGCCGUCAUACCUUAGUGAGGAACCACCGGCAGGUUCACUGAAAGAUCAGCCACAGCAGCAACCAGGCGUGCUGUCGCGUGUGACUGGGGGUGUCUUCAGUGUUGCAAAGGGAGCUGUUGGUGCCACCAUUGGUGGUGUGGCUCGGAUUGGUGGAAAGAGUCUGGAGGUGACCAAAACAGCUGUUGCAACUGUGCCUUCCCUGGGAAUAGGGCUGGUGAAAGGGGGAGUGUCUGCUGUGGCUGGAGGUGUUACAGCUGUUGGGUCUGCUGUUGUAAACAAAGUGCCCUUCACAGGAAAGAAAAAGGACAAAUCUGACUAAAAUAUGGAGAUACCCUUGAUCUCCACAGCAUUAUGAUGCCAGUGGCAUUGAAUUGCUUAAUUAUGGACUACAACCAAGUCACCUAUUUUGGAUGUUUAUCUUCUAAUCUGCUGUGUUGAAAGUAUUGA